CUUCGCGAACUCUUAAAGAGUAACCAUCGGUUGUUGGGAAAUACAAUUCCAAAAUUAAGGAAUUAGAAAAAAAUUGAAGAAAAAAAAAACAGAAAAAAGGAUUUUUUGUCAAAAUGGAAUUUCAAACUAAACGUGAUUUAAUGACUUCAUAAGGAUAUAAAUAUUCAAGGAUAUCACCUCCAUAAGGUGUCUAACGGAGAUUACAACAUAGCUUUAGUUAAAUAAAAACAACAAGAAAAAAAAAAUUAGAAAAAAAAAACAAUAAAAAAACUCCAAGAAAAUUAACAUAAAGAUAGAGAGGUGAUAAGCCUAGUCUUUCGAAAUAAAAAUAAAAUAAAAAAUAUAAAUUAAGUGGAAAGAGAAAAAAAACCAAAUAACUUCAACAAUAAACAUGGCAACCGAUGCUGAAAAAGGUGAAAAAGAGGAGCAGUACGAUAUCCAAUAUUCGGAGGAGUAUAUUUUAACCGAUGUGGAAAAAUCAUUCAUAUUGGCUGCGGAGCGUGGUGAUCUUGCUGGUGUUAGAACAAUUAUUCACGACAACAAGAACAAUGCCAAGCAGUUCAACAUUAACUGCAAAGAUCCCAUGAAUCGUUCGGCCCUGAUUUCCGCCAUUGAGAAUGAAAAUUAUGAUUUGAUUAUGUUAUUGCUUGAAGAAGGUAUCGAAGUGGGUGAUGCUCUACUGCAUGCCAUAUCGGAAGAGUAUGUUGAGGCCGUAGAAGAAUUGCUGCAAUGGGAGGAACAACAUCACAAGGAGGGUAUGCCAUAUAGUUGGGAAGCUGUGGAUCGUGCUAAAUCAACAUUUACUCCGGACAUUACACCCCUUAUAUUGGCUGCACAUCGCAAUAACUAUGAAAUUCUAAAAAUUCUAUUGGAUCGUGGUGCCACCUUGCCCAUGCCUCAUGAUGUCAAAUGCGGCUGUGAUGAGUGCGUUACAUCACAGGAAACCGACUCUUUGCGCCACUCACAAUCACAUAAUGCCUAUCGUGCUCUAUCGGCCAGCUCUUUGAUUGCCCUCAGCUCACGUGAUCCUGUCCUGACAGCAUUCGAAUUGGCUUGGGAGUUGAAACGUCUACAAACUAUGGAAUCGGAAUUUCGUGCUGAAUAUGGGGAGAUGCGACAAGGUGUUCAAGAGUUUGUAACGUCUCUGCUAGAUCAUGUGCGAACAUCUACGGAACUGGAAGUUAUGUUAAAUUUCAAUCACGAACCAUCGAAUGAAAUCUGGUUUCCUGGAAAGAGGCAAACAUUGGAGAGAUUAAAGUUGGCAAUUCGUUUCAAACAAAAAACGUUUGUUGCCCAUCCCAACGUACAACAGCUGCUUGCUGCCAUUUGGUAUGAAGGUCUACCCGGCUUCCGUCGUAAACAGGCGUCACAGCAAAUUAUGGAGGUGCUAAAACUGGGUUGCAUGUUUCCCAUCAACAGUAUGAAUUAUUUGAUGUCACCGGACUCUGAUGCUGGCAAAUUUAUGAAGAAACCAUUUGUAAAAUUCAUAUCACACUCUUGUUCGUAUAUGGUCUUUUUGAUGCUAUUGGGCGCCGCUUCUUUACGUAUCGUCCAGAUAAUGUUCGAAUUGAUUGCUUUUCCCUGGAUGUUGGCGAUGUUGGAGGAUUGGCGAAAACACGAACGUGGUUCCCUACCCGGUCCCAUUGAAUUGGGUAUUAUUAUGUACAUAAGCAGUUUAAUAUUUGGCGAAUUGAAAUCACUUUAUUCGGAUGGUAUUUUCGAGUAUAUUCAAGAUCUUUGGAACAUUGUGGAUUUUAUAUCGAAUAUGUUUUAUGUAACCUGGAUUCUUUGUCGUGUCACAGCCUGGAUUGUGGUUCAUCGUGAUCUUUGGUAUCGUAAUAUAGAUCCCUAUUUUCCACGAGAACAUUGGCAUCCAUUUGAUCCUAUGCUUUUGUCCGAAGGUGCCUUUGCCGCCGGCAUGGUAUUUUCCUAUCUCAAGCUGGUUCACAUAUUCUCCAUAAAUCCACAUUUGGGACCACUGCAAGUAUCGUUGGGUCGCAUGAUUAUCGACAUCAUAAAGUUCUUCUUCAUCUAUACCUUGGUCCUGUUCGCUUUUGGCUGCGGUCUCAAUCAGUUGUUGUGGUACUAUGCCGAAUUGGAACAACACAAAUGUUAUCAUCUUCAUCCAGAUGUGGCCGACUUUGAUGAUCAAGAAAAAGCUUGUACCAUAUGGAGACGUUUCUCAAAUCUCUUUGAAACAUCCCAGUCUCUGUUUUGGGCUUCUUUCGGUUUGGUCGACUUGGUGUCGUUCGAUUUGGCUGGCAUUAAAAGCUUCACCCGUUUUUGGGCCCUACUCAUGUUCGGUUCAUAUUCCGUAAUCAAUAUUAUUGUCUUGCUCAACAUGUUGAUUGCCAUGAUGUCCAAUUCAUACCAAAUCAUUUCGGAACGUGCUGAUGUUGAAUGGAAAUUCGCUCGUUCCCAACUAUGGAUGAGCUAUUUUGAAGAUGGUGGCACUGUACCACCACCGUUCAAUAUGAUGCCCUCGGUGAAGCUCUUGAAGAAGGCAUUCGGUAAGGUGUCACGCAAACGGUCGAAGAGUUUUAUGCGUAAAUCAAUGGAAAAGGCAUUGGCUCUCCAUGAAAAGGUAAUGAAACUCUUAAUACGACGUUAUGUCACUGCCGAACAAAGGCGCCGUGAUGAUUUCGGUAUUACCGAAGAUGACAUCAUUGAAGUGCGUCAGGACAUCAGUUCGUUGCGUUUCGAAUUAUUGGAGAUUUUCCAGAAUAACAACUAUAAUGUACCGGAUAUUGAAAAGAAAACAGCAGCAGCAGCAGCUGGAACCAAAAAGGGCAAAGUUUUGGAAAGACGUAUUCUCAAAGAUUUCCAAAUUGGUUUUGUUGAAAUUCUAAAGGAGGAAAUGGCUGCGGAGGGUGGUGGCGAUAUAUUCUCUUCAUUGGCCAAUGUCAUGGGUAAAAAGAAGUCACAAAAGGGUGAAAAAGAUUGGAAUGAAAUUGCUCGCAAAAAUACAAUGAGCUCAAAUCCCAUUGGCAGCAAAAGCUCAUCGUUGCAGCGUCAUUCACAGCGCAGCUUGAGACGUCGCAUUAUCGACGAUGCCAAUGAGGGCUUGAGAAUGGAUCAAAAUCAAUUGCUUGCUUAUAAACCAGAGCUGGGUGAUGUGACAAGAGCAACACGUGUAGCCUACGUUAAAUUCAUGAAAAAGAAGAUGGAACAUGAUGAACAAACAGCUCCGCCUGAACCAGAACCUGCAGCAGCCGCCGCCGGCAAUGAUACAAGGAAGACCAUAAAGAGAGUACAGACUCGCAAAGAAGACGGCAAACCCAAAGAAGAUGGUAAACCCCCAGCAGCGGCCACCGGCGAUAAACCAAAGCCAGGUGAUGCCAAACCCGGAGCACCUAAGCCACCCGAUGGUCCUGCACCGGCUGCUAAACCGGAUGCUUCUGCAGCCGCCAAGCCUGCUGUUGCUAAGCCCGGUGAAACUAAUAAACCUCCAGCAGCGGCUGCCAAAAAAGAUGAAGCUGCCAAAACAGAUGCCGCAAAACCACCAGCUGGAGCUGAAGCUGCCAAUAAAGCUGCCGCCCCCGCUGCACCCGGUAAACCAGAUGCCAAUGCUAAGUCUCCAGCCGGUGAUGCUGCCAAGGCUGCCGCUGGUGCUGCAACCAAAGCUGCUGGUGGUCCCGGCGAUAAGCCGGCAGAUGGCAAAAAACCCGACGAGAAAAAGCCUGACGAAAAGAAAGCCGAUGAUAAAAAACCCGAUGAUAAGAAACCGGAUGACAAGAAACCGGACGACAAAAAAGCCGACGACAAGAAACCAGACGAAAAGAAACCUGAUGAUAAGAAACCCAAAACAAAUAUUAAAGUGGGUCAGAGUAGUGCUGCUGCCGGUGGUGAUCGUGGCAAGUCGACUGUUACCGGCCGCAUGAUAUCUGGUUGGCUUUAAGUAGAGCUUAGAGAACAAAAACAGAAAUGCAACGAAAGAAAAAGAAGAAAAUUGGAUAAGGAUAUUCUCGUUCACUUCUUUAUGGCAUUAAACAUUGAGACUAAAGACAUAUAAUUGAUAUUUUUUAAAUAAAUAACAAUAAAAAAGAAAUUGAAAUAAAUUAUAAAUAUAUGAAUAAAGGA